AUGGGGACACAGGGACUGGGGUUAACUUUCCUGAUUUUGCCUCUCGUCGUGCGAGCGGCCACAGCAGGGCAGUGGUGUUACGACUCGCAGGACCCCAGCUGCGGCCCCAGCCACUGGAAGGAGCUCCAAGCUGCGUGUGGUGGUGAGAAGCAGUCCCCGGUGAACAUCGACCGGCACUGGCUGCAGCGGGACAGUGGCCUGGGGGACAUCCUCUUUGAGGGCUAUGACCUGGCACCCCCUGGCAAGUGGAGGCUGACAAACGAUGGGCACACAGUGAUGCUAAGCCUAGUGAGUGAGUUGGCCUCGGAGCGCAUCACCGUCAGCGGCGGGGGCCUCCCCGGCAGGUACCGAGCGCUGCAGCUCCAUUUCCACUGGGGCAGCCCAGUCGGGAACGGCUCUGAGCACACUCUGGAUGGACACCAACUCCCCAUGGAGCUGCACAUCGUCCACGUGAAUGUCAAGUACCAGACGCUGGCAGAGGCCAAAGGGCAUGCCAACGGGCUGGCUGUCCUGGGCUGCUUCUUCCAGGUCUCUGAAGCCCCUAAUGCCAAUUACAACACCAUCGUGGCGGGGCUGAGGAACGUCUCCAACGCUGGGCAGUCCGUGGAUUUGGCCUCCACCUUCCGCCUGCACACCCUGCUGCCCAGCCAGCUCUCCGGGUACUACCGCUACCAGGGGUCCCUCACCACCCCCGACUGCAGCCAGGCUGUCAUCUGGACCAUCUUCGAGGAGCCGGUGGAGAUCGGACGGGAGCAGCUGCGGGCGUUCGUCAGCACCCUGCACUUCCCGGCCGACGGCCCCCGGCUCCUGACAAUGACCAACAACUUCCGCCCACCGCAGCCCCUCGGCGGCAGGAAGGUCUUCGCCUCCCGGGCAGCCACGGCCAGCGGCGGACCCCCGAGCCGCGACUGCUGCCAGCUCCUCUUCCCCCUGCUCCUCCUGGCCCUGCUUGACCCCUUCUCACCACACCCAUAG